AUGUCCAGCUCGAUGAGGGGUCGGCUGCGGUCGUCGCACAGCACCAGCGAUGAACAGUUCCGUCUCGGAGAGUGCCGUAAGUGUGGCCAACACUCGCACAACCAGUCGCUGAUCACGUGCUCGCUGUGCGAGAUUCAGUACCACCCGAAGUGUCUAUCGCUGGGCCCACACGUGGCCACUACGGCGGGCAACGGGUGGUCGUGUCGUCGCUGUCGUAACUGUCAAUACUGCGGCAAAAAGCACGUGAAAGCGGGUCCCAAGUCGGCCACCGGUGGCCAACGGAUGAUCGCGUGCGUCGAGUGCGACACCGGCGCCCAUCCCCUGUGUGUGGCCAAACACGACAGGCCCGCAGCCGGAGUGAUGGGCACCGGGAGGCGCAACCGUCGCGAACGGCAACGCUAUGUGUGCCGCCGGUGUCGGCGCCGAAAACGCGCUGCAGACAAGCGCUCGGCGACGGCCGCCACCGCUGUUGUCGCCGGCGGUAGCGAUGAUAAUAAGGACAGCGUUUUUGGUGAUGAAGAUAAUGACGAAGACGUGGAGGAAGAAGAGGAGGAGGGAGUGGAGGGCGCCGUUGAUGACGAUGAAGACGAGGGCACCGGUAGUCUCGACGGCGAAGAGAUGGAGAGCGCCAGCAGUGGUGCGGAUGAGGAGGAGAAGAGCGGUUCCGAUGAUGAAGAAGACGGCGCCGGCGAAGAGAGUGAUGAUGAAGAGGAGGACGAGGAGGAAGUGGUUGAUGAGGAAGAGGUGGCCGAAGACAGUAGUAGUGCUGAAGAGGUGGACGACGAGGAAGAGGUAGAGGAGGAGGAGGAAGAGGAGGAACCGGCGGACAGUAGCUCUGAUGAGGAGGACGUCGGCGACGAUAUGGACAGCGAUAGCGUUACCGCCGUCUCCACCACCGCCUCCCCGACCACAAGUGCGUCGACGGCGACCACAACACCGCCUAAACCGGCCAAAGGCCGCCGCGGGGGCCGCAGACCGGGCGCCGGCCGUCGGAGUCGCGCCGCACAGCAACGGGAGACACGGCUGACCCGCUCGAUGACCAAACAGUCGUCCACCGAAACGCCGCCCAAAGGCCACCAAACGGCCGGCGAAGACGACGAUGUGAUCAACAAAGGGUCCGACGAAGAGAUGCUGAGCGAUACGGCUGUCGCCGGCGGCUCCGGACGGUCCGCACCGGCCGUUAACGGCAAACGAAAACGUAAAAAGAGAGGUCGUGGCGCCGCCUCCUAUAUGGCUCGUAUGCGCACAAAAUCGCUGAUUAAAACCACCGGCUCUGAGGCCAAGGCUGCGAAAGCGGCGGCCAAAGCGGGAACCGCUGGUGUCGGACAUCACCAUCACGUGGACUCAGACGCCGACUCGUCGGAUCUGGACAUGCAGUCGGACGGCAAGUGUUGCGUUCCCGACUGCGACAGCACCGGACACAUGAGCGGCAAGUUUGACGCCCACUCCACGCUCAACAUGUGUCCCAUUUAUCAUAACCUGACCGCCGAUGACUGCCGCCAGCGGUACGUAAGGCGCGCUCAACGCCGCGGCGAUAAGUCCACCGCCGGUGACCACGAGUCCAAUCGGCGUGAGUUGAGACAAAAGUCGGCGCCCGUAUCGCCCACUACCUCGACAUCCGGUGCCGCCGCCGCUGUCAGCCCCGGGAACCGAGAGGACAAGUGUUUGGCGCUAAUGGAGACCCGGAGGAAGGAGAUGCAGAAGGAAUUGGUGGCCAACAAGUCGCCCACCAAAGCGCACAAACAAAAGACAUCGAGCCGAGAGCCGGACCUGAAAGGGCUGACACCCAUUUUCGACGUGGAUAUGUUCCGCGAGGCUCAGGCCCGGGCGGCCGAACUUAUUCAGGAACAGUUGGUCACCGAACGUGAGGCCAAACAUCGGGCCGGCAUAGGUCUGGUCGAGUUGGGUCGCUAUGAGAUGCAGGUGUGGUACUCCUCUCCCUAUCCCGAAGAGUACCAGUGCUUACCGAAGCUCUAUGUGUGCGAGUUUUGCCUGAAGUACACCAACAGUCCGCUGAUUCUCAAACGCCACUUACAUAAGUGUGUCCGUCGGCACCCGCCGGGCGACGAGAUCUACAGAAAGGCAAACGUGUCGUUCUUCGAGGUCGACGGCGAGACUAAUAAGCAGUUCUGUCAGAAUCUGUGCCUUUUGGCCAAACUAUUCCUCGACCACAAGACACUGUACUUCGAUGUCGAGCCCUUCCUCUUCUACAUUAUGACCGAAGCCGACGCCGAGGGCUGUCAU